UCGAAAUGCGUCUUGGUUAAAUUAAUUGCUAGUACCAGACAUGGGUUCGACAGGAAUAACGAACGAAAAUGAUAAAAUAAUAAUCCCGUAUCGCAAACUCUACAGCUUCGCUACGACGUUGGACAAGCUCUUAAUUUUGAUCGGGGUAUUCGCUUCAAUCAUAUGUGGCGUCUUGCAGCCUUAUCUGCUUAUUCUCUUCGGAGACGCAUCCGGAGUGCUGAUAGAAUACACCAGCACUCUUUUAUCGAAAAAUUUGACAGAAACCGAAAAAGCUGGUCUGGACGAUGAAUUGUAUGACGCCAUUUCAUAUUUCGUCGUAUACACAGUGGUAGUUUCAUUUGUUACCCUCGCAAUGACCUACAUUGGCGCUCUGGUAUUCGCAGUUACAUCAACGAGGCAGACUUUCAAAAUGAGACAACAAUUUCUGGAGAGAACGUUAAGUCAGGAUAUUGGCUGGUACGACCAAAAUCCUACAGGAAAUUUUUCCAGCGUACUGACUGACAAUAUUCCAAAAAUUGAAGACGGCAUGGGAGACAAAGUCGGACAAUUUAUAUUUUACUGUGCCACAUUUGUUGCGGGAGUUAUUUGGGCGCUGUUGAGAGGCUGGAAGUUGGCGCUCGUUUGCCUAACUUCUUUCCCCGUCCAAACUGCCGUUUUAAGCGGAAUAGGAUGGUUAUCUGCUAAAUAUUGCAAACAAGAGAUGCAAGCAUACGGAGCAGCUGGGGCGAUAGCUGAAGAAGUACUCGGUUCAGUAAGGACAGUAAUAGCAUUUGACGGACAGAAUAAAGAGUGCCAGAGAUACGAUAACUACGUGAAGGAAGCAAGAAAUAACAACCUGAGGAGAUGUCUUUUCAACGCGAUCAGCCAAGCGUUCUUUUGGUUUUUGGCUUACGCUUGUUUCGCGCUAGCAUUUUGGUAUGGCACCGGCCUGGUUCUUGAAGAAAGGGCUCUACCAAUAGACCAAAUCACCUACUCUCCCGGUAACAUGAUAAGUGUAUUCUUUUCGACGCUUUCGGGAUCCAUAGCGCUAGGCUCAACGGGGCCAUUUUUGGAAGUGUUUGGUAUGGCUAAGGGCGCCGCCAAAGAUGUAUUUGCCGUCCUUGAAAGUAAACCGCUCAUGCACGAAAAUAAAGACAGUGGCAAAAAGCCCAAUUUCAAGACGAACAUUAGUUUCAGAAACGUCGAUUUUUGUUAUCCGUCUCGACCGGACGUCCAAGUUCUAAAGAACGUGAACGUAGAAAUAGUGUUCGGAGACACCGUGGCUCUGGUAGGCCAUUCUGGUUCUGGAAAAUCCACUGUUGUCCAAUUAUUGCAAAGAUUCUACGAUCCCGAUGCUGGAAGCGUAUCCAUAGACAAUGUAGAUCUAAAGGAGGUAAACAUUUCAUACCUGCGGCAAAAUGUCGGAGUUGUGAGCCAAGAACCGGCCCUAUUUGCCACGACCAUAGCAGAAAACAUUCGGUUUGGAAAACUCAAUGCCACUAAAGAGGAAAUUAUCAAUGCCGCCAAGAUAGCGAACGCCCAUAAGUUUAUCAAGUCCUUGCCUAACGGUUACGAGACUAUAAUCGGGGCAAGAGGAACCCAGCUUUCGGGAGGACAAAAGCAGCGCGUUGCUAUCGCUAGAGCUUUGAUCAAGGAACCAAAUCUACUAAUUUUAGAUGAAGCCACGUCUGCGCUGGAUACGGAAAGUGAAGCCGAAGUUCAAACUACUUUGGAUUCCAUAAGUAGGGUGUGCACCAAAGUGAUAGUGGCUCACAGGCUAUCAACCAUAAGGAACGCAAAUCGAAUAAUAGUGUUUAGUAAUGGAAUCAUAGUUGAAGAAGGAUCGCACGAGAGUCUAAUGGAAUCUAAAGGAGUCUAUUACAACAUGAUAGAGUCGCAGGGCUAUACAGACAUUUCUGCACAUAGUAAAUCGAAAGAACUUACUAAACAAAGGGCGAAAAGCAUAGCAUCGAGUGUCGAAGAGCAGGAGCACAAAAAAUUGGACGAUGAAUUUGAAGCCGAAAAACUUGAGGAGAAAAAGGGGAAUUUAGGUGUGAUGUUGAAAAUACUCAGUGCUAAUAAACCUGAGUGGUUUUCAAUGCUGAUGGGAAGUAUAGCAUCCGUAUUGAAUGGUGCGUCCUUGCCCUUGUAUGGUUUAGUCUUUGGUAAUAUUCUGGGAGUAUUGUCUCUAACAGACGAGGUCAUUGUCAGGCAAUUAUCAAUAACAUAUUCCCUGCAAUUUUUCUACUUGGGUAUUUUGUCUGGAGUGUGCAUGUUUCUGCAGAUCUACGCAUUUAGUUAUUCCGGAGAACAGCUCACCUAUCGGUUAAGGAACAUGAUGUUUGACUCGAUGCUUAAGCAAGAGAUUGGUUGGUUUGACAGGAAAGAGAACGCGGUUGGAGCUCUCUGCGCACAAUUAUCCGGCGACGCGGCUAGUGUCCAGGGGGCGGGCGGCUCCAGAAUCGGAAUUAUAAUAAAUUCACUCGCGACCGUCAUUCUUUCGUUCGUUUUCGGACUCUACCUGGAAUGGAGGCUGGCACUGAUUGCGGGCUCGUUUUUUCCUUUGGUGUUGUUUUCUUUGUACUACGAAACCAAGUCGAUGCAAAGCGGUUCGUCCAAAACGCAAAAGCUUUUGCAGAAAUCCGCGAAAGUAGCAGUGGAAGCGAUAGAAAACAUACGUACGGUCAAGUCUCUGGGGUGCGAAAACGUUUUCAACGGGGCUUAUUUGAAAGAACUCGUCACAUGCAAGAAAAUGGCGAUACGAAAAUGUCAUUUUAGGGGCGUAAUUUUGGGUUUGGCCCGAAGUCUCGUCAGUUUCGCUUACGCCCCCGGCCUUUGGUUCGGAGUUCGACUGGUCACAUCAAAUCAGGUCGACAACGCAACCGUUUUUAAAGUUCUCGAGGUUGUCAUUACCGGGUCAAUGUCUAUCGGAACGGCUUUAUCUUUUUCAUCCAAUAUGCAGAAAGGAUUGUCUGCAGCCGCCAGAAUAUUUGGACUGUUUAAUCGCGAACCUCUAAUCAAGAGCCCUCUUAAUCCGAUCGAUCUCAAAUUGGGCGAUGGCCAUGUAGAAUAUUCCCGUUUAUAUUUUGCGUAUCCGACCAGACCAACCAUCCAGAUACUCAACGGAUUAAACUUAUCCGUGCUCAAAGGAAAAACAGUGGCUCUGGUAGGCAGCAGUGGGUGCGGCAAGUCAACACUGAUUCAGCUGCUUGAACGCUUCUACGAUCCCACCAGUGGUGAUAUCGAAAUCGACGAUAACGAUAUUAAAUCUGCCGAUCUUAAAAGUCUCAGAUGUCAUUUGGGAAUUGUAUCGCAAGAGCCGAAUUUGUUCGACAAGACGAUAGCGGAAAAUAUCGCUUACGGCGACAACGAGAGGGCGGUGGAAAUGCACGAAAUAGAAAGUGCUGCCAAAGCAGCUAAUAUUCACAAUUUUAUCGUCAGUCUGCCAUUGGGAUACGAGACUCGAUUAGGAAGCAAGGGAACCCAACUGUCCGGCGGACAGAAGCAAAGAAUAGCGAUUGCUAGAGCGCUUCUAAGAAAUCCGAAGAUUCUGCUCUUAGACGAAGCAACUUCUGCUUUGGACAACGAAAGUGAAAAGGUAGUACAGCAAGCUUUGGAUAACGCAAGAAAGGGGCGCACGUGUAUAACAAUAGCGCACCGUCUAACAACCGUUCAAGAUGCCGAUUUGAUAUGCGUAUUGAAAGAUGGAAUCGUAUCUGAAAUGGGGACUCAUACUGAACUCUUGUCUCGACAAGGACUGUAUUAUGAAUACUAUAAGCUACAAUCUGGCCAGUUUUAAGGAUCAUUCCUUCGUUCUUUCACAAAUUGCGUAGGUCUCAAAUUUUUGCUUGUUAAUAAAUAAUUCAUAAGUUGAAUAAAAAAGUUGCAUAGUUUCAUCCAAAUUUUUCCCUGUAAAUACCAGCGUCCUUACUUUAAAUAGAACACCCUGUAUAUUAUUGCCAUUUUUGGAUUUCUCGGGAAAUUCUCGAUCUAUUCUGUGUCCUAUAUCUAAAAACUUCUGGAUUCCUCCUGCGCCGGUUGUUGAUGAAUCGAACUUGCUAACGUUUCGCCAAUCAUCCUGUUGGCUCCUUCAGGGCUUUACUGAAACUGACUGAAAGUUAAACUCUGAAGAAGACGCAGGAGGAAUUUAGAAGUUUCGUAAAUGAUAUUACAGUAGCCUGUGGAAAUUCCUAAAAUUAAUUAACAAUUUUUCAUAUAAUUGUUGAUAAAUAAUAAAUAUUUUUUUUAUUUAUACGAGGGGUGAAAUAUCUCUUCGUGUGCCACUCAGCUCACUCAAUUCUAUGAUGUGUUGGUUGGUACCGGAAGAAAACUCGUUGUUAAACGCGGUGGUAUAUUGUAUUCAUUACGAUGCAUAGUUGUUAGUUCGACCCUUGCGAGUUCAGUGCCCACACAAGUACACUAUCAAUCUGGCACAAUCUUCUUGGCAGUGGCGAGGCAAGACCUAAAUUUGAUGUGGGCAAGACAGAUUUCGCGAGGCCCUGUUCUAUGGCGACCUGAAGAUGGAUUUUAUAAAAUAAUAAAAGGAAACAAAACAAUUAACACUGCCCAGUUUUUAUUCAUAAUA